UUGAUUUCUUCCAACACAAAUAUUUUCAACAAAAUUGGUGUUUUCAGUUUACUGGGACGAACGUUUGCUAUUAAUAACUCACAGUAUAUAGUUACUUUAACUAUCUUCAAUAAUUCGAAAAUACGUGAAACAGUUUAUGCAUGAUUGAGUGAGGAAUACGCUGUGCAACUUACAUUCGACUUUCCGUGGAGUCUGGCGGCCUUCUUCUUCCCAGAAUGCCUCAGUACGGAAAUCACCGACCAAGGUUUUAAUUCAUUAUACCAAUUCACCGUUUCUGUUUAUGAAAAUACUAUAUAUGAAAUGGAAUUAUCUUUGAAUAUAUUGCAUAAAAUUGUAAAUUUCAAUUAAUAUAAUGUAGAUGAAUAUUCAAAACUAUGAUUACGGAGGUGGCCGAAUAGGGUCAACUUCAAGGUCACGCCACGCCACGCCAAUCCAUUCGUACGACAACAUUGCAGAAUUCUAGAAAUAUAAAAUGGGAAGAAGUCGAAGCCGUUCAAGAUCACGCAGUAGAGAUCGGGAUCGAGGAAGGAAGAGGUCUUACUCUCGUAGUCGAAGCCGUAGUCGUAGCCCAAGUGAAGAUGGUCAUAGAGUACAUGUAGCAGAUUUAGGUAUGGAUUGUUCUAAACAUGAACUUGAGAGAGCAUUUGAUAAAUAUGGUGAUAUCGUAGAGAUCUGGCUUGCAAGAAACCCUCCUUGUUUUGCAUUCAUAGUUUACAAAAACAAAGAUGAUGCUGAUGAAGCAAUUAAAGAAAUGGAUGGAGAAAUUGUCUGUGGGGGUCGUAUAAAGGUCAGUUUUGCACGUCCUCGAGUACGUGGAGGUAGGAGUAGACGUAUUGGCGGUGGAGGCUAUGGAGGUUACGGAGGCGGGGGAGGAGGAGGAGGAGGCAGAUUUGACCCAAGUCUAAAGUGUUACCAAUGUGGAAGACCAGGGCAUUUUUCUAGAGAAUGUAGAAGCUUUAGAAGCAGGUCCAGAUCGCGAUCACCUAGAGGUUACAGACGACCAUCCCCAGCACGAUAUUCACGUAGAGACAGCUAUUAUCGCAGCAGAUCCAGGAGCAGAUCUAGGUCGAGAUCCAGAUAAGCACCAACAGCAGAAUUACAAAUACAGUGACAUUCUU